AUGGCUUAUCACUCGGGUUACGGAGCCCACGGUUCCAAGCACAGGGCACGGGCAGCUCCGGAUCCCCCUCCCCUCUUCGAUGACACAAGCGGUGGUUACUCCAGCCAGCCAGGGGGCUACCCAGCCCCAGGAGCCGACGUGGCCUUCAAUGUCAACCACUUGCUUGGGGACCCAAUGGCCAACAUAGCUAUGGCCUAUGGCAGCUCCAUCGCAUCCCAUGGGAAGGACACGUUUAACAAGGAGCUGCACCGUUUUGUGUCUGUGAACAAACUCAAGUAUUUUUUCGCUGUGGACACAGCCUAUGUGGCCAAGAAGCUAGGGCUGCUGGUCUUCCCCUACACACACCAGAACUGGGAAGUGCAGUAUAAUCGUGAUGUGCCUCUGCCCCCACGGCAAGACCUCAACGCCCCUGAUCUCUAUAUCCCCACAAUGGCCUUCAUCACCUAUGUGCUGCUGGCUGGGAUGGCACUGGGCAUUCAGAAAAGGUUCUCCCCGGAAGUGCUGGGCCUGUGUGCGAGCACGGCGCUGGUGUGGGUUGUGAUGGAAGUGCUGGCCCUGCUGCUGGGCGUCUACCUGGCCACCGUGCGCAGCGACCUGAAUACCUUCCACCUGCUGGCCUACAGCGGCUACAAAUAUGUGGGGAUGAUCCUCAGCGUCCUCUCGGGCCUGCUCUUCGGCAGCGAUGGCUACUACGUGGCACUGGCCUGGACUUCGUCCGCGCUCAUGUACUUCAUUGUGCGCUCUUUGAGAACAGCAGCCCUGGGACCCGACAGCAUGGGCGGCCCGGCCCCCCGACAACGUCUUCAGCUCUACCUGACGCUAGGAGCUGCAGCCUUUCAGCCCCUUAUCAUAUACUGGCUGACUUUCCACCUGGUCCGGUGA